AUGGGUGAAAGAGAAAAACGGGAAAUAGACACAAGUGGCGGAAGCAGCCGGAUCCGUAUCGACCUCGAGCGGUUGAGGAAGGACAAACACCUACGGGNCGUUCUUCGAGGGCUAUGUACGGAAGCUCGAGAAGAAGAGCCGCGAGGGGGAUCAGGCGGGUUUCUACAGAACAUCAAGGACGAGGACGGCAAGGUCCUUCGGGACCCCACGCUUAUUCGCCAACGGUGGCCACGGUGGUUCCACAAGCUUCUCAACACUAAGUCACCGACCAUCGACCUGCAUGCGGCUGACAAGGUCAAGCGGUGGCCCACGUGCGUGCCACUCGACGACAU